CUACGUUAUAGGGACACAACGGUUGUAAAAGACAUAAAGGAGGUGAAACCACAAUUGAAAUGGCACUUUUGAAAAGCAGUUUACUAGUGCAAGAUAGUCAGAUGUCAAUGAGAGAAGAUGAUAUCAUCAAAAGAGGAAGCAUCAAUAGUUUACCUGACCUUGAAAAAAGUCGAAUCUAUAAGCAGAGUAGACUACCCCAAAUCAAGACACUACAAACGCCUGGAAGCGCCCCGCCCAUGUUCAAACCAAAUAAAUUUCCAAGGAAAACUCAUGCAUAUCGUACGUCGAUUACACACCGCAAUAGAAACAUUUUCUCAAAAUGUAUGACGCCGAAUGCUAAACCUACAAAACCUGAUGCGAAUUUGCCAGAAUUAUGUGCGAACUCGUGUAAAUUAUAUUCCAAGAAGAACGAAUUGCUGGACUACAAAAUUGAACCGCAAAUGGUCGUUGAUCCAAAGGAAAGUGUAACAUCUACACGCGAGGAAAAUACAUUGAUAAACGUAGCACAUGCAAAUGCUACAAAUUACAAAACAAAUGCAUGUGGAACUGAAGUUAACUUGUUAGAGAUCUUCGAAAGCCCUACACCUAGACUGAAAGAUCAGUUCAUAAUGAAAUGGCUACAUUCUGACGGUAAGCGCAGUCCGUAUCUUGAUGAAUUCGAAGAUUCUAUUUACAGUAAAAAUGAUGCAACCGGUACAAUUAGCGUGUUGAAUCCAACAAUCAAAUAAGUCAAAACAUGCUAAACAAUGUUGUAAUGGACGUUCCACUAGCCCCGCCGCCCCAUUAGAAAUAAUGGAGUUUAUUAUAUACCCACAAACUGACAGCAUAAACGGUAUGUAAGAACCUGUAUUAGUGGGACAUACGCGUAUUCCUCACCCUGUUCUAAUUGGUCAGCUAUUAUGUUUGAUUGGCACUCAUUUUUAUGUCAAAAUAGCACAGUGAGAAAAUGAAAUGUGUAUACAAGUACUGUAACGCAGAAAGCGUUUAAAUUACAAUAUAAUGGCAUAUAUGUGCAGAUCACUCAAUUAAUCAUAUAAUGCAUAUAACGUCAUGAAUCUAAUUGAAAAUAAUCUACGGUACUCGAACAUCUAAGUUUACACUUUCUAAAUAUUUUUCAAAUGGAGCAUCAUUCAUUGGCAGAAGUAUUUCCAGAUCUACCAACAAUCAUAAUAUAAUAAUCAUAUUAUAAUGUUUAUACUUUUCAGUUCUUUAUGACGGACAAUGAGCAAUUAUGAGCCAUGAAUUUCCGAAAGAACAAAAAGUUACUAUUAGAUGGUUGUUUUUGCUUCAAUUCAAUUUAAGGAAAUUGCGUUUCUGUGUUUCGUUUUAAUAAGAUAUACAGGUGUACAUGGAAAUCGUGUUUAGGCCUGACGUGAUAGGACUGGACUUUUUUGCAGAUCUAUUUAUUGAAAACUAACGAAUAGGCCUACAUUUUUAAACAUCCUUUUAGCAAGCUGUAGAUAAUUAUUGUAAUUGUAUGACAAUCAAUCAAAAGAAAGAGUGUCACCAUUUAUUAUAUCAAAUGAUUAAAACCAGAGAUAGUAAAUCGUGAUUUUGAUUGCAAUAUUAUGUUUAUCUUUUCCCCAUUUACAGUAUUUAAAUAACAAAUUCAAAGGAGUGGAUGGCCUGGCUCCUUUGAAUCCACCUCCGGUAUGGUUUAAUUUAGACUACAAACUAAUAUGUUUUUGUAACCUUUCAACUAUUUAGCAUACAUAUUAUGGGAUGGUCCCGCAAAUAGUCUCGUGGGCCACCCGAUAGGAUAGGAAGAGACUAGGGAGAGAGACGAGUCUCGGAGUACCGGUGUGAGCAAGCUGCGUCUUGUGGUCACGCAUUAGACAAAUAAAACCCUUUUAUG